GAACUGCAAACUGUGAUGGAGACUCCUCUUGAGAAGGCCCUGACUACCAUGGUCACCACUUUCCACAAAUAUUCGGGGAGAGAGGGCAGCAAACUGACCUUGAGCAGGAGGGAACUAAAGGAGCUGAUUAAGGAAGAGCUGUGUCUUGGGGAGGAGAUGAAGGAGAGCAGCAUUGAUGACUUGAUGAAGAACCUGGAUAAAAACAGCGACCAGGAGAUCGACUUCAAGGAGUACUCGGUGUUCCUGACAACACUGUGCAUGGCUUACAACGACUUCUUCCUGGAGGACAACAAAUGA